AUGGCGACGACGGUGAAUGUCAAACUUUCUCGAUCAAAUCGUAUCUAUCGCUCUUACGAACCAGUGGAAGGAAAAAUAGUGAUAAAAUCUCCUACUUCGAUUUCCCACCAAGGAAUACGUUUAUCCGUAAACGGAUCGGUCAAUUUGCAGGUUCGUGGAGGAUCAGCUGGAGUUAUAGAGUCCUUCUACGGUGUCAUCAAACCCAUUCACAUCGUCAAAAAGACGAUCGAAGUUAGAUCUUCUGGGAAAUUUGCUUCCGGAACUACAGAGAUACCAUUCUCUGUAAAUCUGAAGGAGGAUGGAGAACCCAUUGCCGAAAAGUUUUAUGAGACAUUUCAUGGAACAAAUAUAAACAUCCAAUAUCUACUAACUGCAGAUAUACCUCGAGGAUACUUGUACAAACCGCUAUCUGCAACGAUGGAGUUUAUAAUUGAGAGCGGUAGAGUUGAUCUUCCUGAGCGGCCAAUUCCUCCAGAAAUGGUCAUCUUCUACAUCACUCAAGACACUCAGAGACAUCCGUUACUUCCUGAGAUCAAAGCAGGUGGUUUCCGUGUAACCGGAAAAAUAGCCACUCAAUGCUCUUUGGAGGAUCCACUCAGUGGCGAGUUAACAGUGGAAGCAUCUUCAGUUCCUAUAACUUCUAUCGACAUUCAUCUACUUCGAGUUGAGUCAAUAAUUGUGGGGGAGAGAAUUGUCACUGAGACCUCUUUGAUUCAGUCUACACAGAUUGCAGAUGGAGAUGUGUGCCGUAACAUGACUCUACCCAUUUACGUUUUACUUCCUCGGCUUCUCAUGUGUCCUUCCGUUUUCGCAGGUCCCUUUUCAGUGGAGUUCAAGGUAUGCAUCACCAUAACUUUCAAGUCGAAUCUAGCCAAAGGACAACCGAAAUCUGAUCCAACGGCUCCGAGACUUUGGAUGGCACUAGAGAGAUUACCGCUGGAACUUGUCCGAACAAAGCGAGAUCAGUUCAGCUGCUAA